AUGGCUUCUCAUGCAUGGGGUGAUGGUCAAACCCGGGUGCCAUUUGCCCUGAGGCUCAAGCUCUGGGGGCAGUGGCCAUUUGUCUUGCAUCACUGUGACCACACCACCCCCAUGCUGCCUGACUGCACACGGUGGUCAGCAAGGGGCUUAGGGCUGGGUCCAGGGAUAAUUCUUCACAGACGGUCACACACUGGAGCAAAGACACCACACAGCAAGACAAUACCAAGAAAGAACAAGUGCUCAGCCUUGUGGGGAAUCCAGGCUUCCACUACAAGCUCCGAACGAGCAUCAGCACUUCACCACCCAGCCCUUGUUGGUCUCAGCUCUGACAAGUCAGGUGCCUCUUGGGAUGGAACACGGUACUCCCCCUGUCCCUCUGAUUCAGACCACUGGGGACUUGUGGCUCAGGUGCCCAGUUCCUCUGACCAGAAGAAAUCUCUCAAGGAAGGAAAAGGUGGAGGGGCCCCAACUACUCCUUGGUCCUUACACUGUGAUGUUUCAGACUUUUUCUCGGACCCCUGGGAGGACGAGUCUGAAGAGAGUUACCAAUGUGUAAACUGCUCUAUUUAUACAUGUAGUACCGACCCACAGACAACUUGUGAAACGUCUCAAAGCUGCUUCAGCUACAAGCAAGAAUUGCGGACAUCAGGGCAGCUCUUACAAUUUUUUGAGGAGAAAGGCUGUUCUUCAAGUUUGUGUGUCCCACUGGUCUUGUCAGCAUCACUGGGGGAUAAUCAAACAUUUGGGUACAAGCGCCAGUGCUGCCAAGAUGAGCUGUGUAACCAAGGGGAAUUACAAGUGCCUCAGAAAUCCCCAAACCCCAAUGGCAUUAAAUGUCCUGCAUGCUUCAAUGAGAAUGACAUUUCCUGUGAACCAGUUUUACUCACCUGUACUGGUGCAGAGACAAAAUGUCUCACCGUUAUUGGCCAAGUUGGUCCUUUUCUUGCAGUUUUUGCCAUGGGCUGUGCUACUGAAACUGCCUGCAACUUGAAGAAUACAAAUUUAUUGAAUAACAUAAAACUCCAUACAUAUUGUGUAGAAAGCAAUGGGACACCCCAGGUGACGUCCAUCUCCUCAUCAAUCCUGACUGGUCUCUUUCUACUCAAAGUUUUGCUUUGAUUUUUCAGGCCUUACCAAGCCAUUUUCCUACAAACCUGAAAAAGUUGGAGUCCUUGGACGGCUCCCCUCCCCAACAUUCCCCAGACAUUGCAGAAUUA